CAAUCGUGUAUUGGCAUUGCAGUGGUGCAAAAAAAAGAUCAAAAAAUUAAGUUGUGCUUGUGUCAUGUGUGUGAUUUUAUAACUUUCUUUAAAUUGUGAAUCAUAAAUGAACCAAAAACUAUUUUCAGUGAAGUGUAUAUAAUGAAUGCAUUUCUCUGUGUGGCGUGAAGUUUACUAAAGUAAUCACAAUGGAAGCUUCACAGCGUAGUUCGACGACCACUCGCCAAUUUGCAUAGCAGCCUUGGGAAAGUGAAGUGCAAGGUUGGACCGCAGGAUGCCGAUCGCACCGCGCGGCCCUCCGCACGAUUUAAUACCACCCUACUGCCUGCAACACCAUAGGAGACCGAUCUCAACCCACAAGUGGCCUUAGAUUAUUUUAAAGUGUAACUUUUGUACGCCUGUUUUACACCGACCUAAUAAGUAUAAGUACACAGUGUUUAGUGUUAAGUGUCGCGCGCGAGUGUAAGUGUGUAUGUGUGUCGAUGGUGCGGCCGACAUGGGAAAGUCCUCGGCGAGAACACAUGGCCAAGAGAAUGAACGGAGAAUCAAAGCGAACAACAGAGAAUACAACGCGCAGUUCCGCUACGCCAACAACUACAUCAAGACGUCGAAGUACUCGAUUAUAACGUUCCUGCCACUGAACCUGUUGGAGCAGUUCCAGCGACUGGCGAACUUCUACUUCCUGUGUCUGCUGGUGCUGCAGCUGAUCCCGGCCAUCUCAUCGCUCACUCCCAUCACAACCGCGAUACCGCUCAUUGGAGUGCUCGCUCUCACUGCCGUCAAAGACGCUUACGACGACUUUCAACGUCACCAAAACGAUUCCCAAGUGAACCACAGAAGGGCGAAAACUCUUCGCAAUGGCAAGCUUGUGGAGGAGAAGUGGGCGUCUGUUCAGGUGGGAGACGUCAUCCGGCUGGAGAACGACCAGUUCGUCGCGGCGGACAUCCUGCUGCUCAGCAGCUCCGAGCCCAACGGCCUCUGCUACAUUGAGACUGCUGAGUUGGAUGGGGAGACGAACUUAAAAUGUCGUCAGUGCCUUCUGGAGACGGCCGCCAUGGGCCAGGACGAUGCACAACUGGGCGCGUUCGACGGCGAAAUCGUCUGCGAAACGCCCAACAAUCUACUUAAUAAGUUUGAUGGCACGCUGAGCUGGCGGGACCAGCACUUCUCGCUGGACAACGACAAGAUCCUGCUGCGCGGCUGCGUGCUGCGCAACACGUCGUGGUGCUACGGCGUGGUGGUGUUCGCGGGCAAGGACACCAAGCUCAUGCAGAACUCCGGCAAGACCAAGUUUAAGCGCACCAGUAUAGAUAGGCUACUUAAUUUUCUUAUUAUAGGGAUAGUGCUGUUCCUGCUGUCGAUGUGCGUAUUCUGCACGGUGGCGUGCGGCGUGUGGGAGUGGCUGGUGGGGCGCUACUUCCAGGCGUACCUGCCGUGGGACACGCUGGUGCCGGCCGAGCCCGCGUCCGGCGCCGUCGUCAUCGCGCUGCUCGUCUUCUUCUCCUACGCCAUCGUCAUGAACACUGUCGUGCCUAUAUCACUUUACGUUUCCGUCGAGGUAAUAAGAUUCGCCCAAAGUUUUCUAAUAAAUUGGGAUGAAAAAAUGUAUUAUGAAAAGACUGGAACAGCUGCUAAAGCGCGCACCACAACUUUAAACGAAGAACUAGGUCAGAUCCAGUACAUAUUUUCGGAUAAAACUGGCACUCUAACACAGAACAUAAUGACGUUCAAUAAAUGUUCGAUAGCAGGUGUGUGCUAUGGGGACGUGAUCGACGAAAACACGGGCGAGAUCAUGGAACUCACGGACCGCGGCAAGCGGCGCGGCGAGGGAACCAGCGCCGUCCCCAGCGCGGCCACGCCUGCGGGCGCCACGGUCGCCGUGACGGCCGCUGCGGGCGCCAACGGAGCACGCGCGCGCCUGCUGGACACCGAGCACGAGCAAGGACGGAGCACGCCCGGCGCCACGCCGCAAGCGCACGCGCACAGCACGGAGCCUCUGGACUUCUCGGACAACCCGGAGUAUGAACCGGAGUUCAAGUUCUUCGACUCUAAGCUGCAGAAAGCGGUGAAGCAAGGCGACCGAAACGUAUAUGACUUCUUUCGUCUGCUCGCGCUCUGUCACACGGUCAUGCCUGAGCAGAAGAACGGCCGUCUCGAAUAUCAGGCACAGUCGCCCGACGAGUCGGCGCUAGUGUCAGCGGCAAGAAAUUUUGGUUUUGUGUUCAGAGAACGUUCGCCUAAUACUAUUACGAUAGAAGUUAUGGGUAAAACAGAGGUGUACGAGUUGUUAUGUAUAUUAGAUUUUAAUAAUGUUAGGAAAAGAAUGUCCGUGAUAUUGAAGAAGGAUGGUGAAAUUAGGUUAUACACUAAAGGUGCUGAUAAUGUAAUAUACGACAGAUUAAAACGUAGCAGCCAUGAAGAAGUGAGAAUAAAAACACAAGAGCAUUUAAAUAAGUUCGCGGGCGAGGGUCUGCGCACGCUGGCGCUGGCGUGGCGGCCGCUGGAGGAGCGCGGCUUCGCGGAGUGGAAGCGGCGCCACCAGGCCGCCGCGCUGGCGCUGCACGACCGCGACGAGCGCCUCGACGCUAUCUACGAGGAGAUUGAGACUGACCUAAUAUUGAUCGGUGUAACAGCAAUAGAAGACAAGUUACAAGAUGGAGUCCCAGAAACAAUAGCGAACCUAAGUAUGGCCGGUAUGAAAUUGUGGGUUUUAACAGGAGAUAAACAAGAGACGGCAAUAAACAUCGGCUACUCGUGCCAACUGCUAACGGACGACAUGGCGGAGGUGUUCGUGAUCGACGGCGUGGCGCACGACGACGUGGAGCGCCAGCUCGCCAAGUGCCGCGACUCCAUCCGCGUCGUGAACACAUUCCUGCCGCACGGCACAUCCGACCCCAAGAACUCAAGUACGGAAACUGCGAACGGCGGCGGCUCGGUGUCGCGGCCGUCGCCCGGGCGCGCGGCCAACGUGAAGCUCAACGCGCCCGCCGUCUCCGUCGUCACAUUUAGGUGGGAACUUAACACUCUAGCACACGACAGCAACGAGUACGCGUCGGGCGGCGGGCCGCAGUCGGCGGACGCGCUGGAGCACGGCGCCGACGACUCCAACGGCUUCGCGAUCGUCGUCAACGGCCACUCGCUCGUGCACUGCCUGCAUCCCAAGUUGGAGGAAAAGUUCCUAGACGUCGUACUGCAGUGCCGGUCCGUCAUUUGCUGCAGAGUGACGCCAUUACAGAAGGCAAUGGUAGUCGAGCUCAUCAAGAAAAGCAGGAAAGCGGUCACGCUCGCGAUAGGGGACGGUGCCAAUGAUGUGUCUAUGAUUAAAGCGGCGCACAUAGGCGUUGGUAUCUCAGGACAAGAGGGCAUGCAAGCCGUGUUAGCGUCGGACUACUCGAUAGCGCAGUUCCGCUUCCUGCAGCGCCUGCUGCUGGUGCACGGCCGCUGGUCGUACUACCGGAUGUGCAAGUUCCUGCGGUAUUUCUUCUACAAGAACUUUGCCUUCACGGUCUGCCACUUCUGGUUCGCGAUGUUCUGUGGUUUCAGUGCGCAAACGGUGUUCGACGAGAUGUUCAUCUCAGUGUACAAUCUGUUCUACACGUCGCUGCCGGUGCUGGCGCUGGGCGUGUUCGAGCAGGACGUGUCCGACGUGACGUCGUUGCAGUUCCCCAAGCUGUACGCGCCCGGCCACACGAGCCAGCUGUUCAACAAGACCGAGUUCAUCAAGUCCACGCUGCACGGGUGCUUCACCUCGCUCGUACUCUUCCUCAUUCCGUACGGUACUUACAAAGACGGCUUGGCGCCCGAUGGCAAGAUAUUAUCGGACCACAUGUUACUAGGCAGUGUGGUGGCCACAAUAUUGAUCAUUGACAAUACAACGCAAAUCGCGUUAGAUACGACCUACUGGACAGUAUUCAACCAUAUCACAAUCUGGGGCUCGCUGGUGACGUAUUUCGUGCUAGACUACUUCUACAACUACGUGAUCGGCGGCCCCUACGUGGGCUCGCUUACCGUGGCGCUCACGCAGGCUACCUUCUGGUUCACGGCCGUGCUUACCAUGAUGAUCCUGAUGGUGCCGGUGGUGUCGUGGCGGCUGGCGUGGUCGCGGCGGCGCCCCACGCUGGCCGAGCGGUUGCGCGCGCGCCAGCGCUGGCGCCGAGCCGCCGCCGCGCCCGCACCGCGCACGCCAUCCGCGCGCCGCGCGCGCCGCUCCGUGCGCUCCGGGUACGCCUUCGCGCACCAGGAGGGCUUCGGCCGCCUCAUCACGUCCGGCAAGAUCAUGCGCCGCAUCCCGCACGCCGACGCCGCGCUGUCCGCGCUCGCCUCGCUGCCCGGCAAGUUCCACCCGCGCUCCUCCACGCCGCCGCCCUCGCCCCCCUCGCCGCCCUCGCCCCCUUCUCCGCGCGCGCCCAAGCAGGACCUCGAUUCUGUCGACUUAUGAGCCCGGCGGACGAUGACGUGUGGCCCUCGUCUCGAGAACUCGCUCUGAACGCGAGAGCGGCGCGCGGCCGAGCCUCAGGCCAGCUGUGUGGACGACGACGUCUUCGCUAGCGACAGUGUUCUUUUAAUUAAAAAAGACGUAAAAUGUACAAUAUAAGAUCGAAAGUAAUGUUUGUAAAUAAUAAAGAGGUUACAAACGACCCGUAAUUUUUUAAUAGACGGCAUAAUGUCGUCGCAACUCGUAUUGUGAUAAUGUUGAUAGAUUUAAAAAUUCGUAUUAUAUUAUUGCCUAUAUUAAAUUAUAUUUGUUGAUCGAGAGUAUAUAUUGAUAGAUAUUUAUUAUGGUACGUACUAAGAUUACUCUUUUAUAUCGGAAAGUCCCGAUGUUCCUUUGUAUGUGUAGACGACGUAGGCCGCGACCCAUCGAUUAGUUUUUUUAGUUUGAUUAUUAUUAUCAAUGUUACUAUCGUCAAACGAUAAAGUAAGAAAAAGUUAAAGCUACCGGAAACUAUUGUUCUUUUCGUUCAACUUAUGAUAUACAACUUGUUAUUUUUAUUACCCAUUUUGAUUUAUUUCACUUACGAGCUUAAUGUUUUUUAUAUUCUUUUUAUUUGUCGUCUUAUGUCGGAGACCUUAGUAAAAUGUGCAUUUAAAAAAAGUGUAACUGUUAUAUGCAGUUGAAAUAAAACAAAAGAAAACAUUGAGUUUUCUUUGUAUAUUAUUUAUGGAUCUAAAUAUCCUCGAUUUAAUUAGUACCUAACAAAUUAUUGUUUUUAAUAACAAAAACUCUGUAAUCAAUCAUUUUAAAUGUUGUCCCUUAUUUGAACUGCAUAUAAAACACAUCAUUUGCUUUGGUAUCAAAUUUUUAAUAAAAAAAAUUACUCUCU